AUGUGUUUGUCUGAGACAGAGCCACGGGAUUUGGUGUUUGCCCAGAAUGCAGUGACUUAUGAGGAUGUGCAUGUGAACUUUACUCGGGAAGAGUGGGCUCUGCUAAAUCCUUCUCAGAAGAAUCUCUACAAAGAUGUCAUGCUGGAGACCUACAGCAACCUCAGUACUAUAGGCUUCAAUUGGGAAGACCACAAUAUUGAAGAACAUCAUCAGAGUUCUAGAAGACAUGGAAGGCAUGGAAAAAGUCAUACUGGAGAGAAAGCCUCUGCAUAUCCUCAGUGUAAAGCCUUUGCAUAUCACUGUCAUGUUCAAAGGCAUGAAAGCAUUCAUAUAGAAAAGAAAUCCUAUGAAGCCAUUCAAUAUGUUGAAGCCUUUGCACAGCACAGUAGUCUCCAAAUACAUAAAAGAACAAAAAAGCUCCAGAAUCCCUAUUUAUGCAAUCAAUUUGGUAAAGCCUUUUCAAAUCACAGUCAUCUUAAAAGUCAUGAAAGAAUUCAUACUAGGGAGAAACCCUAUAAAUGUAGUCAAUGUGGAAAAUCCUUUGCAAAUCCCAGUCAUCUUCAAAGGCAUCAAGUUAUUCAUACUGGAGAGAAACCAUAUGAAUGUAACCAAUGUGGGCAAUCCUUUCCAUAUCACAGAAGUCUUCAAAUGCAUGAAAGAAUUCACACUGGAGAGAAACCCUACAAAUGUAAUCAAUGUGAUAAAGCCUUUACAAAUCACACUGGUCUCCUAAGACAUAAAAGAACACAUAGUGGAGAGAAACCCUAUGAAUGUAACCAUUGUGGUAAAACCUUUUCACAACACUAUAAUCUCCUACUGCACAAAAGAACACAUACUGGAGAGAAACCACAUGAAUGUAAACAGUGUGGCAAAGCCUUUUCAUAUCACGGGAGUCUUCAAAUGCAUGAAAGAAUUCAUACUGGAGAGAAACCCUACAAAUGUAAUCAAUGUGAUAAAGCCUUUACAAAUCACACUGAUCUUCUAAGACAUAAAAGAACACAUAGUGGAGAGAAACCCUAUGAAUGUAAUCAAUGUGGUAAAACCUUCUCACAACACAGUCACCUCAGAAUGCAUAAAAGAACACAUACUGGA